AUGAAUGAAAAAAAAUUAGAUGUUUUUUUGCCUACUUUUGAUUUAAGUAGUUAUAUUAGUAAUUAUAAAGGUUAUACACGUAUUGAACGUUUAAUAUUCAUUUCUGAGCAUUGUUCAUCUCUUAGCAUUGAAGCACUUGAAUUUGCUAUUAAUUUAUCUCAAUCAGAUACUCUAGAUACUGUUUUGUAUGAAAAACUUGCUAUAUUAUUACAAAAAAAAUGUCCUGAUAAAAAUAUAACUUUAAAUGUAGAUUGGAUUCUUGAGACAAAAAACAAAGCUAAAAGUAUACUCCAGAAACUGGAGUUUGCAUUACAAAGUUAUAAAAAUAGCUUUAUAAAAGAAAGUAUAAGGAUGGGAUAUAACAGUCUUGGGGAUCAUUAUUAUACAUGUAGAGAUCUAGAUAACAGUUUAAAAUUUUAUUCUAAAGCAUCAGAAUUUUGUACAACACCAAAGCACGUUAUGAAUACGUUAUUAAAUAUUAUAAAAGUGUCUUUAGAACAAAAGAAAUUUUUAAGUAUACAAUCCCAGCUUUCAAGAAUGCAAAAUACGUCUCUUAAAAAUGAAAUUAAUUCUAAAAUUCAAGUGAUCUCAGGUUUAGUUCAUUUUAAUUUAGGGAAUUAUAGAGAAGCUGCUUUAACAUUUUGUAUGAUUAAAAAUGAAAAGAACAUAGAAUUUAAUGACAUUAUAUCUAUUAACGAUGUAGUUAUUUAUGCUAUAAUUUGUGCUCUUCCAUCUUUUUCUCGUCAUGAACUCAAACAAUAUAUUAUUGAUAAUACUGAAUUUAGGAAAUUACUAGAACUAGAGCCUCAGAUUUUGGAAGUGGCUCUUACGUUCUAUUCAUCUAAUUAUUCAAAAUGUUUUGAUAUUUUAAAUAGAUUGAAAAAUGAUUUUAUACUUGAUAUAUAUUUGAGCAAAAAUGUCGACAACAUAUUUUUAUAUAUAAGACAAAAAGCAUAUAUCUUAUAUCUUAAACCUUUUAGUUCAGUCGAUCUUAGAAAAAUGGCAAAUGUUUUUUUAUUUUUAUUAGAAAAUAUAGAGAAAGAACUUAUACAAUUAAUAAUGGAGUCAAAAAUAUGUGCUAAAAUAGAUAAUGUAAAAAAGUUUCUUAUAAUUAUAGAAUCAGAUCAACAUGACACAAUAUAUAAAAGAAUACAUAAAAUCAGUAGUGAAUAUAAAAAGUGCGUAAAAUUGUCAUUGGUACAUAUGAAUUUAGUAAAAGAAGGCUUAGAGGUAAAGCCUAUUUCUAACUCAAUUAAUAUUUAA